AUGAGGGAGUCUAGAAGGCCGUGGCCGUCAAUGGGCUGCUUUGUGAUUCUCAAUAUUCUGCUUUUGUUAAUAUCGAGUACGAUGUUCAUCAUGUCUUUACGGCCCCCUUCUCUGCGAUACACCGACAAAAUCACCGCUCAGUCGAGGAAUCACCUUCUCAAACAGAUGUCAAUACCUUCACCCAUACUCGACGAAACCGACAUCCGCAUCUCCCCAAAACGCAUGGACGCCACCCUCCUCCAACGCAACCCGCCCGUAAUCUACCGCGAGCCCCCCUCCGACGCCGUCGACAUGGCCUGGCAGGCGCUCGUCGACACGCGCCCUGUCCCCCUCUCCCGCUCCCAAGUAGAAGCAAUCGGCAAAGACCCUUCUCGUAGCGUCCAAAUCCCGCCAUCAUGGGGCCACGGCAACGAGUCCUACUUCGGACGCAUCGACGUAUUCCACCAAAUCCAUUGUCUGGACGCUCUACGGCGAGAGGCGCAUUUCGAAUACUACUACGGAGAAUCGUACCCCAAUGUCUGGAACGAUACUACUGAAUUCCAUAGGUUGCAUUUGAGUCAUUGUGUGUAUCUGCUGCUGCAGAAUAUCAUGUGCAAUGCGAAUACGGAUGUUUAUACGCAUAUCUGGACUGACACCCUCGUGCACCCUUUUCCGGAUUUCAAUAUCAAUCAUCAGUGUAAGGAUUUUAGCGCGGUUAUGGAGUGGCAGGAGAAGAAUGGGUUAGAUGAGGAGAGUUUCGUGGCGUUGAAGAGGCCGGAGGGGUAUCCGUACAUGAAGAUGAGUAGGAAGUUUAAGGAGGUCAAUGGGUGGGAGUUUGAGAGUGAGGAGGAAAAGGAGGAGUUGGAGGAGCUGCUUGAGAAUGCGGAUCCGGAUGGGGAGAUUGCUUAG